AUGGUUAUUUGGAUGCUAUGGAAGAAUAGGAAUGAUGGGAUUUGGAAUGGGAAGCAGUUGAUGCCGCAGGAUUUGUUGAUUAGAACGGAAGGUUGGCUACAAGAGUACCAUAAGUGGCACAAGUCAGGAACAAAAAAAUCCAUGAAAGUUCAACAGAAGUGGCAGAGACCUGGGGUUGAUUGGGUUAGGUGUAAUUUUGAUGGGGCGUGGAUACAACAAGGCUCAAGGGGAGGUUUUAGAGCUGUGCUACGUGACCAUUUGGGUGAUUUUGUUGCUGCAGUAGCGGGACCUUUGGGGUGGACAGGUUCGGCAUUCCAUGCAGAGCUUUGUGCUGCUCAACAUGCAUUAUUGCUGGCCCAGUCAUAUUGCCCAGAUGGUAAAAGGAUAAGCUUUGAAGGUGAUUCCAAUCUGGUGAUGGCUGCCAUGAAGGGCAAGGAAGAUGAUCGUUCUCCAUUGGGAAAUAUAAUAAAUGACUUGCGAUUUAUGCUCCAAUCUUUUCCUGGUUCAGAGGUGAGUUUGGUGCAACGAGGAUAUAAUUCGGCUGCUCAUAGGCUUGCACGUUUGGGGUUGGGUAGUACCCAUCAAAUUGGGUGGUGUGAAAAUCCCCCUGACUUGCUCAGGGAUAUCUUAUUUGAAGAAAGUUUGUAG